AUGACGCUGCCGCUGACCAGGCUGGGGCCGCUGCCGCGGAGGGGGCCGGAGGCGGCGGACGACGACGACGCGGGCGGCGGGGAGAGGCCUGUUCGGCCUGCCGAAGCCCCGGGCUCUCCUACUCCCUCCGCCGCCGAGGCUCGGGGCUUCUUCCGCGGGGGCGGGGAGGCUCCGCCGGCGUCCGAGUCGGAGGAGGAGGAAGCGGAGGCCAGAGUUUCCUCGCCGAGAGAGGCCGUGGCAGCCCGGAGCGCGGCCCGGGGCGCCGGGCAGGGGCAGCGGCGGGGCGCAGGCCCCCGGGUGGUGGCGGCGGCGGCGGCGGCGGUGGGGGCAGCGGCCGCCUGUGUCCUCGGUGCGCUCCGCUCCGCUCCCUGGUGUGUUGAUUCUUCCCCCAGCUGCUGCCUAAUGGAGUCCAGGCGCCCGCGUCACAGGAAAUGCCUAUACUGCCCUCCUCACUCACUUCCGGUGGCAGACAUGAGCCAGUUUUCAGAUCCAGAACUGACUGAAGAAGAGGCCAGAUCUCCACCAAGGAAGGACCCUGUAACACCAUGGCAAGGAACACGUGGGAGCUUCUGCUGCUCCUCCUUUCCAGCACUUGUUGUUACCAGUUCUUUACAUUUUAGCUGUUCAGGACUGUCUUUGGAUGGAAGACCAUCCCUGGGCUCGUGGAGACCUUAGAACAAAUCGCCCAUCAGCUGCUCAGCUUCCCACCUGCACACCCUGCCCCUGAGGACCCAGCUCCUUCAUCCUGGUGUACGCAGGUCAAAGUGGCCAUCAAGAGCUGCCUGGACGCGGAUGAGUCACAAAGUGGGCCCAUGCGACUGAGGGGCUGAGAGAAUUGGUGGAGGCAUUACAUGUGGCUUGCCUCGGGACAUCUGGAGAUUAUGUGCAAGCCGCGGGCCCUUCCUUGUAAGUCCCAGAUGGCAGAGCCGCUUGCACCUGGGUGGGGUCGCCUUCUACCAGGAUGUGUGUCACCAGGAGUGGUCACAGAGGAACAAGCCUAUAGCAAUGCCAGGAUGCUAUGCCACUGUUGGCCCCCGACAGGCUCUGGCCUGGAGAACCUGCAGCAGGUGGUGCUGGAUAGGGCAGUUGAUGGUUUACGACCUAACCAGUGGAGGCUGCCUCCGUGGCUCCUGCCUCUCCUCCAUCUCAUCUUACACAUGGCCCUCAGGCCAUAUGUGAACAGAUUUGGAAAUGGAAAAUUGAGUUGAUUCAAUUCAGCAGAGAUUUUCUCAGUAACACCAGGCAGGUACAAACCACCCCCCAGUGAAUUUUGCAGAGCAUGGAGGCUCUGGUUAAUAUAUACCAGGGGAAUUUCUAAGGUAGUAGAACUAGUGUGUGUGGGCCCACUGCAAAUGCUACUUCUUGAGGAUAUUUUAAACAGUUCUUGUAAUUGCAGUUUAAGUUUAUAUCAUUCAGCUGCACACCUCGAGUCACUGUCCAGAGUCCCAGCCACAGUUCCUGGCCUGCAUCAUAGCUGCAGUCAAGUGUGUUCUUGUGGCAAAAGUGCAAGGCACAGCGGAAAAUAUAGGCAAGGUGUCUGCAUCCUGACGUUUGGCUCCUAAGGGGUACAAAUGUCUGUUCUGGGCCUGUCCAGCAUCCUGAAGCGUGGCAGCGUGGAGCCAGUGCCACCCUUCUUGUGUCUUUGCUUCAGGCUCUCUGGGUGAGUUGUCAUUCUGUGCACGGAGUUGGGCCCUCGGCUGCUGCACUUGCCUGCUGUGACUUGAGGCUUUCUCCCUGCACUUCCUGCCCCUGCUGCCUCCCCUCUAGUCAGGCCAACGCCCACCCCUCUGUGGAGUCUGAGAUAGAUGGGGCUUCCCCUGGGAUGGCUUUUCUGAGUCCCAAGACCUGGGGGCAGCCACCCCCUCCUGUCACACCAGUGAUCACCCAUUGUGUCUUUCCCCUUCUAAGAUGUAGUCACUGCGAGGCAGGACUGUGUUUAUUUUUCCCAGCACAGAGCCUGGCACGCAGUGGGUGCUCAGUGAUGGCCAGGUCUGGCGGCCCUCUCCUGCCCUUGCCUCUGGUUCAUGCGCUCCCCCUUCCAGAUGCCAGAGGAAACACAGUCCUUCCUGGUCUGGGUUUUUUCUCCUCGCUUAAUUAGCUCAGAAAUGCUAUGGUUUGUCUUUAUGCCAUACCUGCAUGCCGCUUCCCUGAAUCUGUUUGAAAGGAACAAUAAAACCUUGUACAUGUUGUU